GGUGCGGUCCCAGCGCAGGCGCGGCGGCCGCUGCCCGCCCCGUCGGGGCGGUGCUUGCGGGAGGCGAAGCGCUGCGGGCAGCGGCGCUCCCGGAGCCGCCGGCAUCGGGGAACAGCACCGGUAACCGGCAGGGCCGGUGGGGAAGGAUGUUUUCCUCGGUGAAGCCAUACGAGAACCAGCGCUACGCCUCCCUGAAGAAAGAGUGUCACAGGCGGAAGCAGCUCUUUGAGGACCCGCUUUUUCCUGCCAAUGACGACUCACUCUUCUACAAGUCAAGGAUCCAGGGCAUCCAGUGGAAGAGGCCAAAAGAAAUCUGCGAUGAUCCACAUCUCUUUGUGGAUGGGAUCAGCUCCCAUGACUUACACCAGGGGCAGGUCGGGAACUGCUGGUUCGUGGCUGCCUGCUCCUCCCUGGCAUCCCGGGAGUCUCUGUGGCAGAAGGUGAUCCCAGACUGGAAGGAGCAGGAGUGGAAUCCUGAGAAACCCGAGAGCUACGUGGGGAUCUUCCACUUCCAGUUCUGGCGUUUUGGUCAGUGGCUGGAUGUGGUGAUAGAUGACCGCCUGCCCACACUCCACAACCAGCUCAUCUACUGCCACUCCAACUCCAGGAACGAGUUCUGGUGUGCCUUAGUGGAGAAAGCUUAUGCUAAGUUGUCAGGCUGUUAUGAGGCCCUGGAUGGAGGCAACACAGCUGAUGCCUUGGUAGACUUUACUGGUGGAGUCUCUGAACCUAUCGACCUGACUGAAGGGGACUACAUCACUGAUGAAGCCAAGCGAAACCUCCUCUUUGAGCGUGUGUUGAAGGUGCACAACCGGGGAGGCCUCAUCAGCUGCUCCAUAAAAGCCACGUCAGCAGCUGACAUGGAAGCCCGCCUGGCCUGUGGACUGGUGAAGGGCCAUGCAUAUGCAGUGACGGAUGUACGGAAGGUCCGCCUGGGCCACGGCCUGCUGUCCUUCUUCAAAUCGGAGAAGCUGGACAUGAUCCGCAUGCGCAACCCGUGGGGUGAGCGGGAGUGGAACGGCCCUUGGAGUGACACCUCUGAGGAGUGGCAGAAAGUGAGUAAAAGUGAGCGAGAGAAGAUGGGGAUGACGGUGGAAGAUGACGGAGAGUUCUGGAUGACCUUCGAAGAUUUCUGUAAAUACUUCACAGACAUCAUCAAGUGUCGUCUCAUCAACACGUCCUACUUAAGCAUCCACAAGACCUGGGAGGAAGCUGUGCUACAUGGGGCGUGGACCAGAAGCAGUGACCCAUUGAAGAACCGCUGUGGAGGCUGUAUCAACCACAAGGACACCUUUUUACAGAACCCCCAAUAUGUGUUUGAUGUGAAGAAGGCAGAAGAUGAAGUGCUGAUCUCCAUCCAGCAGAAGCCAAAAAGGACCAGUCGCAAAGAGGGCAAAGGAGAGAACUUGGCCAUAGGCUUUGAUAUCCAUAAGGUGGAGCUGAACAGGAACUAUCGGAUGCACACCCUGCAGCAGAAGGUGGCCAGCUCUAUUUACAUCAACUCCCGUAGCAUCUUCCUGAGGACGGACCUGAAGGAAGGGCGCUACGUCAUCAUCCCCACCACUUUUGAUCCUGGUCAUGUAGGCGAGUUCCUUCUCAGGAUUUUCACAGAUGUGCCUUCAGAUUGCCGAGAGCUGACAUUGGAUGAGCCACCACACACCUGCUGGAGUGGGAUGUGUGGUUACCCGCAAGUGGUAUCCCAGAUUCAUGUCCUUGCUGCAGCCGGGCUCAAGAAUCAGGACUCCCAAGGAGGAGCUGACCCUUAUGUGAUCAUAAAGUGUGAAGGGCAAAAGGUUCGCUCUCCGGUGAAGAAGAACACGGUGUCUCCAGAAUUUGACGUGAAAGGUCUCUUCUACCGCAAGAAGCCAGGACAACCCAUCAUUGUUCAGAUCUGGAACCACAAUUUAAUAAGUGACGAGUUCUUGGGCCAAGUGGUGCUCACAGGGGAUCCCAGUGACCGGCAGUCAGUGCACACACUGCACCUCCAGGACAAGGGGAACAGGAGAUCAAACGAUCUCUCUGGAACCAUCGCUGUAAGGCUGCUCAGCAGUAACGUCCUCACCAAUGUCUAAGUACUCAAGGACUCUUCUUCUGGUGCCAGAAAUGUGUAUAUAAACAUGCAGACGUACAUACAUACAUAUAUAUAUACAGACACACAUACAGAGCCUACCUACCAUCUGCAAAGUGUAUAUGAACUAUGCAUGCAUUCCACCCAAAGGAGCCAAUCUUGUGUUUUCAAUGUUAAAAAAAUGGUGCCUUUCUGGGGAACCGCAACAAUCCUUCUGCUGGCGUCCUCUGCAGCCCCCAUCGCCGCCGUGUGCCCUGUGGGAUUGCUGCAAGCACACUAUGUAUCCUGACAGCCAGAGCAUGAUGCCCUGAUGCUGUUUGUUUACACGGGCUGGCACGCAUGUGUCACCGCGGUCCCACCAGCCGCUUCAAUGCAUCUUCGAAGUGUCUGCUUGGUUUUAGAGUAGUGUGCGUGGAGUCAUCUCCCAUGAAACUGCCAUUUAAUAGCUUCUACGUGCAGGCACCUCAGCAAAGAAGUGGAAAAGAGAUUGGACUUUUUGGAUGUUUUCUGGGUAUGGGUUUUCACACUGCAACUGGAAAGAAAAUGCACCAAAACAGAUCCAAAUCUACAGGGGCAACAAGACUAAUGGUUCCAUCAUUUUAGGGAUGGGCUGUCUCCUCCUGAGUCUUGUUCAACCCCACGCAACUCUGAAGGAUACAAAGAUGCCAACAACCGUGGUGGGACAACUGUUCUCUGGGGUCAAGUUUUUGAAUCGGUCUGGACUCAGCUUCUGUGUGUGCCUCUCGAACUGCCGUGGUGCCUGCUGUCUCCAUGGCUUCAUGCAGUCCCCAUCCCAAAAGCUCACCCCAGUAGCUGGGGUGGGUUGUAUGCUCGGGCCGUUCAGUGUUUAGACUAGAGGAGAUCAGUUACUCUGAAGGCCAAAGCGUCAGGUCCAAGGGAUGGGGAGCUUUGCUCAGUGGGUGCCAUCUUUACUGCUGCAUACAGUGCAUCAUUUCUCAGUGCCUCGCUUUCCCAAAUUCUUUUUAAAAAAUAGUGGGAUUUUAGCUUGGGCUAGAGGAGAGACGAGGAGCACUGCUCCCAGUGCAGCCUGAAAAUAUUGGGAAUAUUUAAUUCAUACCAGUGUACAUCUCUCACAUUUAAUUUCCAGUCUCCUGGCCUGGAGGAUGAGUUGCGCAGUGCUAGAGCCAGUCUCACACGCACAACCCAAACCCAUCCUCAGGGCCACGUCUAGGGCCGUGCCCUGCUCCCGUUUGCCAUGAAGACUGCGUUUGUCUUCCUUAUUCCACUGGGUGGCAGAAUCUGGUUUCUUAUAAACCGUCCUAUAUAAACCAAACAACAAAUCCUUGUCUGGCCUUUCAGCAGCUGAUCAGGGCAGGUUUCAAAGCAUGUUUUUUCCUCCUGUUGUUAGGUUGGGGUUUUUUAUUCAUGUGCCUUUAAAAAUGGUGCAAGCUAAGGGAUUUUUCUGUCAGGUUUUCUUACAAGCAUACCUUUUGCAGUCUCCUGUAUGCAAGUGGAAAUGAAUACAUAUGAUGUAAUCUUCUAAUCCUGGUAAAUUUUGGCCUGAGCAGAAUCCUCUGCCUGCAAGGACAAGCAAACAGGAAAGCUUCCUUUUGCCAUAGCAAGCAGUGUUUCUGUUUGUCCUGCUAAAUGCCCAUGUUUGUGCUGCAAGUCUGUAUUUUUUUAAAAAAGUCCCUAAAGAUCUGCUAAGUCUGUAACGUGAUAAGGUAUUCCCCAAAGUCACAUCAGCAGCCAGCUCAAUUCUUGGUACAUCCAGAAGCAUACAGUACAACUUCAUCAAUUUUUGUAGGCGGUUCUUCCCCUUUCCUCAUCUUCAGAGUUUAUCUCCUGUGCUUCUGAACUGGGGUUUUGACCAUAUUGCUUAUUUUCUUAGGUCUUGUUUUCCGGGACUUAGAGGCAAGCAGUGGCCCACAGGAUGCCCUUCCCAGGUCCCAGUUAUUUCUGGCUUGUGCUGCGCACCCUCCAACUCCUGGUGCCAUCUCUGGGACCCGGGUUAGUUCAGCAUCUUGCAGAAUUGACUCAGAUGCUCUUAGUUUGGUAAAGUCACAUUUUCACCCCAUGGUCAAAACAAAUCCUUGAAUUUGGGCAGACCAGUUCAGAGAUAUUUUUAUUUUAUUCUUGUUUUGUUCAUGGGACUCAUCACUGAAAAUAAAUGGAAGCAGCAUUGUGGGGCUAAAGGCAUGAUUUAGGUCUUAGGAGACAAUCUCACAGGCUCAUGUUCAGAGUGGUAUGUGAGAGGGACUGUGAUGCCCAAAGAUAUCUCACCUGGCAGGGAGAAGAGCUAUUUCGCUAAGGGAGAACAUCACAGGAGCUUCGCACCAUCAUCAUCAGAUGGGGGUAGCCAGCCUGCCUGCAUUAGCCUUGUUUUCUCAGGCAAUCAGGCUACCGAUAGCUUCAGCAAAUGAAAGCCAUUUGGCCAGGAGAGCCCUGACAUGUGCCAAACUGCACCGUGAUCCCCAAGGAAGGGCGCUGAAGCUUGCCGAGGAGUAGUGGUGCCCUGGUACCUGUGGGCAGCCUCCUUCCUUCCUACAGAGGAUCAAGCCAUAAAGAGAGGAAAAGCAGCUUUUUAACUGCUUCUCACAAAAAAAAAAAUAAAAUCAUCACACUAUAUCAGGACCAAAAUGUCUUAAUAUCAGUAAUAGUUGUCCUUUUUUUUUUCUGAAAACUUUUGAAAAGAUAGAGCAGAAGCUUUCUUCCCCUUACAUUUCCAAUGGAAUAACAAAAAUUACCUUCGUUGCUUUUUAUUUUGGUCUUGUCUUGUUUGUAGAGCAGAUGGGGAAGGGCAGAUAUUGAAAUGCCGUUCCUAACAUCGAUGCCUUUUCUCUUUGAAUGAAGUAAAUAGAAAUAUUCAGGGCCUUUUUUUUUUUUGGCUGAAGGGAGGGCAGGUCUGAUAAGCACUUUCCGCUGCCCUCCAGGUCAUGUAGGACAUGUCUCUGAUUUAUUUUCCAUUUCUUUUGUUAAUCAUUUCAAUGGUUGCAAGUAGCCUGCCAUUACACUCUGUGAAAUUCUUUUCUUGUUGACGUCUGCAUGUUAAAACAGGCUAUGACUUGUCUUCACCUCCAAAGGCACGGACGUGUCAUGCUGCACAAGAUCAGAGUGGUCCAAACAGAAAGCCAAUGUUGUACAGCUGUAAACCUCCUAUAAAUAAAUUGUGUAUAUUUUAUUCAGA